CAACUCGGUCCGUUAACAACCUUCACGGGUACAUUUUAAGCUCAAAACCAAUCCCGGUGGAACACCAAAACAACAGACAACCGACCAUGUCCACCCACACGCGCGAAAGAGCCGCCAUAACCCAUCCCGCGUGCGUGCCAUUAUGUCGACAUCGUAACAACACCUCUCCAAACCAUCAAGAUACCGCCACGUGUCCAAUCCAACGACUCAAGCUCCCCAUCUCGUUACCGAAAGCCCCACAAAAGCGGGCCCCGCCGUAAACCUCCAUCCAAUUAUCCACCGUCCGAUCCGAAUCCAAAGUCCCUAAUGUUAUCACGUGACCCUGGCGUGCUCUUUGUCUCAUUCCCGCUUUCUUUGAAAGUCUAACAAUGGCGUCAUCUCCUUCUCUGCGUUUUCGCUUUAUAUUCUUUAUCGGAUCCACAAACCGAGAACUAAAUCGCGAUCCGCGCUGAAGAGAACUCAGUGAUGUCUUUCUUCGAGGAUCCGAAUCCGCUUCUCUUCCUCCUCGGCCGUGUCCGCCACCAUGCUCGUCUCUUCACCGAAGAGAACUUAUCUGCGGUGAGAUGCGGUGGCGGCGAAGGUGCGGAGGAGUGCCGGAAUGAUGCGGCAGCGAUGAAGCUGAAACUGAUUGCGAUAGCGACGAUUCUGGUCGCCGGUGUUGCGGGUGUGGCGAUUCCGUUGGUCGGGAGGAAGCGUCGGAUGAUGAGGACUGAUGGUUCUUUGUUUGUUCUGGCGAAGGCGUCCGCGGCCGGCGUUAUACUGGCGACGGGGUUUGUUCAUAUGUUGCACGACGCGCAGGCGGCGCUGACGAGCCCUUGUUUGCCGGCGAUGCCAUGGCGGAAGUUUCCGUUCUCGGGGUUCAUAGCCAUGGUGGCGGCUCUGGGAACGUUGGUGGUUGACUUUGUUGGGACGCAAUACUAUGCGCAGAAACACCGAGAGGAGGCGAUGGGUGUGAAAGCAACUGCGGCCGCGGCGAUCGCGGCGGUUGAGGAGGGCAUCUCAGCCGUGCCCGAAGCGCCGGAGACGGCAGAGGGCGAUAAGGACGCGAUGCACAUCGUCGGGAUGCACGCGCACGCGGCCGCGCAUCGGCACAGCCACGCGCACGGGCAUCGCGCGUGCGAUGGCAGCGACGUCGCGCAGCACACGCACAGCCAUGGGCACGCGCAUGAAGACGAAAGCGAAGUGCCAUCCCAUGUGCGGCAUGUCGUCGUCUCUCAGAUUCUAGAGCUUGGUAUCGUUUCGCAUUCAGUGAUCAUUGGGUUGUCGCUGGGAGUGUCCCGGAGCCCGUGCACUAUCCGGCCGCUUGUGGCGGCGCUGUCAUUCCACCAGUUCUUCGAAGGUUUUGCAUUGGGAGGCUGCAUUUCACAAGCCCAGUUUAAGAACUUUGCUGCAGGACUAAUGGCAAGCUUCUUUGCGAUCACUACACCAUUGGGGAUUGCGGCGGGGGCUGGGGCGGCUUCCUUUUAUGACUCUUAUAGCCCGAGAGCGCUGGUUAUUGAAGGUUUGCUCGAUUCAGUGUCGGCUGGCAUUCUUAUUUACAUGGCUCUAGUGGAUCUCAUUGCUGCUGAUUUCUUGAGUAGGAGUAUGAGCUGCAAUUUCCGGUUGCAGGCUGCAUCAUAUACUGCUUUGUUUCUUGGUGCUGCUUCAAUGUCUGCCCUUGCUAUCUGGGCUUAAAUGGUGAGCGACAUCUGUACCUUUGUAUAGUGUGUUCAGUUUUGUUUGGUUGAAGUGUAGGCUAUCUUGCCUUCAAGUUAACAACAAACGUGUAUACUUCUUUCACAAGGGAAGAAUGAAUUUGAUCAAUUUUACAGUGAAACAGUUAUUGAGCUUCACUUUGUGUUUCCAUGUAUUGUUUGGUCUGGGAGAAUUGUUUAUGAUGACCGAGUAAUAUUGAAAUGUGUGUGUAUGUGGGGUUAUAUGAAGAAAAUAAAAAAGAUGGCAGAGUAAUGCCUCUUCUUGUGUUUUA